AAUCAUCUAAAAAUCCCCUUCAAUCCCCUUCUGAUGCCCAGGUCGCCUACCCCAUCCGGCCACCAAGGCAGUCCGACCCUUAAACAAAUCCUCAAAGCUGCAGACAUCCUUCUCAAACCGCCAAAAGCCCUCCCUUCAAAUCCUCCAGAACUUUUACCUCGUCUCAGAGCGUGUUCAAAAGCUCUACCAAAAGAAUGGAGGCGCAUUAUUCCAGAAUGGUCGGAGGAUGAUGAGAUGGACCAUGUAGGAGACAAUGAUGGGUCGGACAUCAGCGAGGAGAGGAAAAAGAAGAGGAGAGAUGAACUAGUGUUCGUGGUGGGCAAGAGGUGUUUUGCGAUGGCGAAAGCUAUGCAAAGUUGGCUGGAGAAGGAGUUUUGGCCCAAGGAACAGAGGGAUGGUCUGGAAGAUAAAGACUUUCUUUUGGGGACCGCCGAUCUUCGUCUGAUCCGUCUCAUGCUAUCCCACACAACUUUCUCUUAUCUGCUACCCUUAACGGUACAAUACGCCGAAUCCUUGCCUAUAAUCCCUGCUGAGACGGCCAAUGCUUUGGCUCAAGUCCUUGAAGCUACUCUCAAACUGCUCAAGGUCGCCACUCCUCCUGCUCCCGAUGCUGGACCAAGUUCCCGCAUGCCCACCUCACCUACAGCAAUUACUCAAAGCCUUUUGUCUUCCCACCUCAUCCCCGUUUUCCUUUCGACUCUUAUCCUUGCAUAUACGCCAUCAAUCCCAGCAGAGCACUACGGUCUUCUUCGAAUGGCAUUUCUUCAAGCUUUGAUGUCCCUCACACCUGGACAUGCCAUCUCAAGCUUGGUCAACGUCCUCAAGUUGCUUGUCCAAGGGCGACGAGAGAAUGCCAAGGUUAAUGGAUGGGUCCGAGAAUGGCCCAAAUACCCAGAAGGAAUUAUCAACGGUCUCUUAACUGCCCAAGUUCGAAGGCCUGGAGGUGUAAGAGGUUUGAUGGAGAAUGUAUUAGGUGAUACAGCGAGGACAGACGACGUAACUUCUAUCGAAGGCAAACGGCUCGAUCACAUUUUUAACGUGCUUGUCCGUAUUCCUCGCCAAGUUACACCCGAAAUCUACUAUCCCUGGCUUCUCUCAGAAUUAUUCUCUAUGAUUCCUCUUGACGAGUCUUCCUCUCAUCAUCCGGUAGCAUAUGUCAAUACCGCUUGCUAUUGUAUCCAGCGACUUUGGCGGUCUAAUCCCUCCAUUGGCGAAUGGUUGAAAAACAAGCUCCAUUCACCUUGGUAUCCCAAAUCACUCUUCGCGCCCGCCGACGGACCUGCAAUCGAGGUGACUUCCUGGUUAGCCAUCCAGCGUUCCGUGCAAAACAUACGUCUCUUGUUGAUCCAUAACCCUGCCUCGCCAGACUUUGUUGAGUUUCUUGUCGGCUCAAUCUUACCUCCCCUUUUCUCACUUCAUACAUUCCUCUUCUUCUCUUCUCAAGCACCCAAUCCAGUUUUGAUCCGUCCUGUUGGGAGUCUGGAUGCGUCGCGGAGCCGUUCCCUGGCCGAUGAUGUAUCAUUUAUUUUGACAAGCUGGGGUAAGACUGUGGAAAAGGAUGUCGGGGUGAUCGGGUUAUGGAGUCUGGUUGAUGCAGGGAAAGGAUGGAAACCCGAUGAGAACGGGGUCGUACCAGAAUUUUUCUGGGAGAGACAAGGUGACGGAGUGAGGCUUAUGUCUGGCAGUCAAGGAAUCCCGGAUAUAACUCCCGAGAUUGUCUUUCCUUCUUUAAACCGGGACGAGCUCGACCCCGAUGCAAUCGCACAACGUAUCCGGGACCAAACCGAAGCCAUGCCCGACCCCACUCUUCUGUGCAAAUUGAUCAAGGACAUCAACCGACCUGAUAUUGCAUGUCAGGUUAUCCUUAGGGCGUUGCAUCUUUGGAGAAUCAAGUCUCCUAUGGAGAAAGAACCUUCUGUCGAGGCUAUGCUUCAUCUGCAGCUUACGAUGAAGCUCAUGACCCAUCUCGGCUCUGAAUUGUUUACUGAGCCGGAACAGCUCCUUGAAUGGGUUGAAUUGACCCUCUCAGGGCAAGCAGAUUGUUUGGAAGAUGAUCUCAUUGAUGAAGAGGCUGAAGAGACAAACCAAAAGCCGUUGAUAACGGAAGUCGGGGGAGAAAAGGGGAAAGGGAAGAAGGAUGAUGAUGUCCCGCCUGAUGGGAAUAGAGGUUUGAUCGAAUUGGCUUGUCGGUUGUUGGCCGCUGAAGAAGUGAAAAAAGCCUUGAGCGAAAAAGAUCUUGCCAUUCUCCAUCCAAUCCUCGCCCAUCUCGAAGUCAUCUCUGAACUCUCACCUUCUUCCUCUAUCCGCUUGGCCACCCGGGAGGCAAUGCUGAUCCUUCUCUCAAUCCAAGCUUCAGCCAAUUCUAGCGCGCCUACCGAUUCGAAAAAAUCUUCAAAAGAGGCAUUUGAUAAGGCUUUGGAAUUGAUCAAGGAUAAGGCUGUCCCCGUCCGCGCUCAUGGGUUGAACAUGCUUAAAGACCUUGUAUAUCAACCCUACUACGAUUCGUCGCUCACACCUGUCAUCCUCAACACGUUCAUGUCUAGCAUUGAGGAUGACGAUUCAUUUGUUUAUCUUUGCGCUCUAAAAGGUUUGAACGGUAUGGUAGACGCUCUGGGAGGGGAGGUGUUUGAGAAAUUGAUGGAUUCGUAUGCGGGAAUGGCAAAGGAAUUAAGGAGAUUGAACGAUGCGGAUGAGGUGGACAAGAUGUUGAGGUUGGCGGAAGCUGUGGACCAGGUUAUUGAGCGGACAGGUGAUGCUUUGGGCUUGUAUGCCGACAAGAUUAUCCCAGUACUCAUGAGUAUCUUCCCCGACACGUCCCUCUCAACCGCCAUCCGAUCUUCUGCUCUUUCCCUUCUCACAACAUGCGCCAAAGUGUCGUACAUCUCCCUUUUACCCUGGUCUACUGACCUUACAAACUCUGCCAUCGAUCUCAUCCAAAUUGAAUCUGUUGCUGUCUCGCCCUUCCGUCCAGGGGCAAUCCAAACCGUAGAGGGACCACCCCAGCCUUCGUGGAAGGGGGACAAGAAACCUAGAAAUGUUCAGCUUAUCGAGGAUGAACAACCUGAGCAGGAGGAUGAGGAAGAAGAGAGGAAAGUGCCUGAUCCAUGGAUUGAGGAUACAGAUCCCCUGGCGUACGAUGAUAGCAAGCACCCGGCCUUGCGUCGAGCGGCAAUCGCGUUCCUUAACUGGGUGUUUAGCGUUAUAACCUUCAAGAUCAUGUCUGACCAUUCCGAGUGUACGGGCCUCGAAGCAGGCGAGAUUUUGUACAAGGAACAUCCAGCCCCUGAUACAGAUGCCGAUUUGCAAGAAGGAGGUAUUCCGCCUGGGCUGUUGGAGAGGGCGGAGACUGUGUUGGGAUAUGUGAAGAGUACGGAUGAGGAUGAGGUCGCGAGGGGCCACGCAGAGUCGGCGGAGAGGAUGUUGGGGAUGUUGAAGGCUUCUAUCAUGAUCAGGAGUGGCGGGGCGGUAGAAGGGAGUGGAUUGGAGGAUUUGAGUGAGAGUCUAGAGAAGCUCAAGGUCGACGUUUAA